ACUGAUGACAGUAUCAGUUUGUGGCCUGAAAUUAUAUGCAGGACCCCAAAAAUUGCAAUUUUGAAGUCUCACCCUUUAGGGUGGAUGUACCAUCCAGUAUCUUUUUCCAACUGAGACUCCAGAUUGCUGUUACGUGGGACUUCCCAGCGCUGUUUGAAUCUGGGUGCUAUUUGGUCCCAGUUAGGUGAUGUAUGUGCUAUUACAUUCCUCUAGUGUUUCUUUUUUUUUUUCUUUUAAUGAUUGCAUAUUGAAAGUAAGUUAGAUAAUUCUCUAUUAAAUACUGAAAUUGUUUAUUUUUGUUUAACAAGUAGUUUCUUUUGUUAACAAAUCUUUCAAACCUGAAACAAAAGUUGAAGCUUUUGGCAAAACAGUUGUCUGGAUUAAUGAAUAAAGCACUAGGAUAUUAAAUCUGAUAGAAAGAAAAUAUCGUAUCUUUCCUAUAAGAAUAUAAUUGCUCCAAACUAAUACAGGCAAUUUCAAGAUUAUUAGCUCUUUGGAGUCACCUGCACCUGAGGUUCCCAAACUUAAGAAUUUCAUAAAGAAGUAACAUCUCCCUCAAAAAAACUGUGAUAACCAAAUAAUAUGAUAGCCAAACUCUCAUUUUGAUAAAUAAGGACGUGAAAGAAACAACUUGGACCUCUUGUCAACAUCACUUUUAAAAGAAAUGAAGUCUUAAUAGACGCCCAAAAAAGGUAGGAGGCUCAUGAUUUCUGAAUUAGACUUUCCUUCUCACAAAGAGUCUGCUGACAUCUCUUUACUUACAUUUUCCUAAGGACUAGGGUACACACAAUAACGAGCCAACAUGGGUCCACAGAUCAGUAUGGGAACCAUGGUCCACAUCUUCUCCUCUUCUCCAGCGAACCCAGCAAAAUAAAGCUGUCCUUUAUUAUGCGUCUUUUAUUAUACCCACAGCUAGUUGGAGCCUUUUUUCCCCUCUAAAAUCUCCAUGAUGCCUCAGCUCCAAGUUGAAACAUGCUUUCCCAACAGAGCUGGACUUCUCCCUCCUGGCCAUUCUCUCAGGAGGGGAGCACCUGGGCUCCUCCUGGGUUCACCUGGGUUCAUGCUCUCCAAACUAAAACUAGUGCCACAAGUUUCUGAAGGCCACAGUCUAAUCAGAUCAUGCAGAUCAUUAAAACUCCACCAUAAUUAACCAUCAAUUUAUUAUUGGAGCUCUCAUUUCAACACACAUCUGGGUGGAACUAACUUCAAAUGUGGUACCUAAAACAACAGCAGUUGAGUUCCAAUGAUGAAAGAAGAGGACAAAAUGCUGUUCCUCAUACACAGAGUUGAUGCUACUGGUCCAGGGUCAGCCAGGAAUUUCCAAGUUAUUUUCCUAGAUAAGAGCUUGCCUCAAGCCAUCUGUGGACUCCCUCGCAGCGACAGUAAAACAACUACUACCAUUCUUAUUUGAUAGACAAGGUAACUGAGUAUCAGAAAGUUUGUUCAAUAAUCAACAAAUGCUUACUAAGCACCUCCAGUGUGUAGGCACUGCAUAAGGUACUGUGACUUCACCCAAGGUGAUACACCUGGCAAGGAGCAGAGGCAGCACCCAAAUCCAGGCACCUAAUCUCAAGUCCAUUCCAUUCCACAGCUGCCUCUUAGACUGAGGUCAGUGUUACCACACAAUACAAGACCCCAGAGCUGAAUGGCCAUGGUGGGAACAACCACAGGGCCUAUCUCUUUAGCUUAUUCUUCUACAAGGAAAGUCAAUAGUGAAGAUCAGUAUUUUUAGACAUUCAUUGUCUUUAGGAGUAAAUCAAAAUUGCUACCAGUGCCCCACUACUUAUGGCGCUGUCCAUGUUGUGCAACCCAGAACUGGGUGCUAGGUGCUAACACACUCUCUCUAGACAGGAAAAAAGACAGGAACAUCCCAGUGAAGCACAUGUGAAACCCCGGGGGAGAAACUUGGCAAAGAAGAAACAUGCUUUUCUCCAACAGAUCUCUCUAAAAUUCUAAGAGGUUCCAAGCAAUAGGACCAGGAGCCAAAGAGUGGGAUAUGGAAGUUUCUACUUCUUGGACCAAAGACUGAGAACUCCAGUGGGACUCUCUUAGGUUGCUUGAAGAGUCUGAGACCUAUCCUGAAGCACAACCCUCUGGUGAUGGCAUGGGCCCCAUGCCAGACGUUUUGAAAACAAUGCCUAACAUCCACUCUGGCUGACCAUCCCUGCUAGCCAGCCUACUUCACAGUUGCAUCAGAGAAGGAGCCAGUCAUACAGGAGGCUGCCCAUCUCAAGAAUGCCAAAAUCUUCAUGAAUGGGUCACCCCAUGACUAUAAUCACAGGGAGGUGGGGUGACAGGCAAAGGUCACGUAACUGAGUCCAUGAAAGGCUGGUCCAGAUCAAUGGCUGAUGAGUCAGAACUCAUCAGAAAGUAUAAAACCUCAGAAGCUCCAGUUGUCCUCACACAGCCAGCAUCUCCUCUCCUCACUCAUCCUUCCUGGUGCUUUGGGGCUCCGUUCCUCCUUAGACAAGAUGUCUCACCAGAAAAAGCAGCCCACUCCUCAGCCCCCAGUGGGCUGUGGGAAAACCUCCGGCGGCGGCGGCGGCGGCUGCGGCGGCGUCUUCUACAGCGGCGGCGGCGGUGGCUCCGGUAGCUGCGGCGGCUCCGGGGGCGGCGGCGGCGGCUCGGGUGGAAGUGUCAAGUAUUCUGGAGGCGGCGGCAGCUCCGGCUGCGGCGGCGGCUACUCUGGCGGCGGCGGCGGUGGCUCUGGUGGAAGUGUCAAGUAUUCUGGAGGCGGCGGCAGCUCCGGCUGCGGAGGCUACUCCGGCGGCGGCUCCUCCAGUACCGUCUGCUACUCCAGCGGCGGCGGCGGCGGCUCCGGGGGCGGCUGCUACUCCAGCGGCGGCGGCUCCUCCGGGGGCGGCUGCUACUCCAGCGGCGGCGGCGGCGGCUCCUCCGGCCAGCAGGUCCAGUGCCAGAGCUACGGGGGCGUCUCUAGCGGGGGCGACUCCGGCUGCGGCGGCAUCAUCUCCGGGGGCGGCUCCGGCUGCGGCGGCAUCAUCUCCGGGGGCGGCUCCGGCUGCGGCAUCAUCUCCGGGGGCGGCUCCGGCUGCGGCGGCAUCUCCUCCGGGGGCGGCUCCGGAUACUUCUCGUCCUCUCAGACCUCCCAGACCCCGUGCUUGCCCCAGCAGAGCUACGGAGGGGGCUCAUCCGGCGCCGGCUGCGGCGGCGGUUCCUCCGGGGGCGGCGGCUGCGUUUCCAGCGGUGGCGGCUGCAUUUCCAGCGGUGGGGGCGGCAGUGGAUCCGGCUGCGUGGGAGGCUCCUCCGGGGGCGGCGGCGGCUGCUUCUCUAGCGGUGGGGGCGGCAGUGGUGCCGGAUGCGGCGGCGGCGGCUCCUCCGGGGGUGGUUCCGGGGGUGGCAAGGGUGUCCCAGUCUGCCACCAGACCCAGCAGAAGCAGGCGCCUACCUGGCCAGGCAAGUAAGGCCCCCCUGGACACCACGGAGACGAAGAAGCUGGAGGUGUUCUCCGUGGGCGUCGAUGGGCUUACCGCUCUCAUGAUAUUGCCCUGAGGUUUCUCCGCCCUUCACAUCUGAAUCCGCCAGAAGAAGCCACUGAACAAUAGAGCUGUGUCUGGUUCUGCAGUUUUCCCUCCCUGGUUUCUAUACAACUGCCUCCCAAUCCCAGUACCUUCUCAGUCAAUAAAUUUGCAAUUCAUGAGAA